UCGCGGACGCCGGUCGACCGUUCUCGUCGUCGUCGUCGCACCUCACACCACGUUCACACGCGCUCCGCACAACACUUCUCACGCCGUCGCGCGCUUUAUUUUAUCGUCGCGUCGUUUUAUCUGUCGGUCGCCCCGACGGUUUUCAUACGGAUUAUUAAUAUUAAAUAUUUUAAUUAUUAUCGUUGACGUCUCCCCUGUGGAAUAUAAAACUUUAUAAAUUUUUUUUUUUUUUUUGAAAUUUUCGUUCUCCCGCGAUAUUUUAGUGCGUCUUUUUGACCGUCACCGCUGUGUCAUUUUUAUUAACAAUUUUACAAACGUUUUGACAUUUUUUUUUUUUUGUAUUUUGAAUUAAUUUUAUUUUUACCUUUUUUGUGUUUACUCGUUUCGCGUUUACGGAACUAAGUCUUCGCCAAUCAUCAACGUCGAGGUGUUGUCCGCUGACAUGGUGCCAGAUACAACAACCGUUUGAUCAACCACGAGUCCUCUGCGAAUACACACCAGACCAUAUACGUAGCCGUCGUACCCGAGGAGUACGAGCAGCGAAAGGAGUAGCGGCCUGUUUAACGCCGAACAAAUCGUCUAUUGUUUUUGUAGUAGAAAAACGCAAUAAACGCGUCAUGGAGGUGGGUCUGAAGAAAGACUCGCCAAUCACUUACAGCAACGGAAAGCGCUUGUUCACCAUCGACCAGAAGGUGGACGCGCUGGUCCGCAUAAAGAUGACUGGCUGCUCGAAGGCCGAAGUGGCCAGGAGCUUGCACGUGGCCGAGUCCACGUUCCGCGGCUGGUUUAAGAACAAGGACAUUGUCAUGAAAGCGGAGGCAAAGUAUAACGAGAUGAAGUCCAAGUCUUCGUCUGCGUCGUCGGACGGCUACAAGUCGGACGAAAAUUCCAGAAAAUCGUUCUCUGUGGACGGUUCGGACAACAACUCGUCGACGUACACGGAUGAGCGCGAGGGCAGCCUGUCCCGGUUCAGCAGCCCGGACCCGUGCGUGACCAAUCCGAUUCGCCGCAGUCCCGAGAGACAUCAUCAUCACAAGCUUAAGCUCAAGAAACAACAGCAGAACACGUUGAGCUUGUGCAACAACAACAACAUCGUCGGCGGCGGUGGCUUGCUGGGCGGUGGUUUGUUGGGUGGCGGUCUCAACGCCGGCCUCAACGCCAGCCUGAACGCCGGUCUCAACGCCAGCCUCAACGCCGGGCUCAACGCAAGUCUCAGCGCCGGGUUCAACGCAAGCCUCAGCGCGAGUCUCAACGCGAGUCUCAACGCGAGUCUCAACGCCGGUCUCGGCGCGCCUGGACUAAACGGUGGCCACGUUCCUACAGGCCUGAACGGUGGUCUCACCCUCUCUCAGCAAACGCAACAGCUCCAGCAGCAAUUGACGCAGUUCACCAACCAAAACAUGCUACACCACAAUAUGCCGCCACUUGGCAGCCUCAAGGGCAGCAACGCCGCAGCCGCAGCAGCAGUUGCCGCCGCCGCCGCAGCAGCCGCGGCCGCGGCUGCCGCCGAUCGCGCGAAUCUCCGCCUCAGCCCAGCCGAACUCCAAUCCAAGAUCAAUAACUACUUUGGUCCGGGCCCGAUGAUGGCGACUUCGCUACCAGGUUCAGUCAACAACUAUCUCUCUCCAAAUUUUUCCACGGAAAAUUCCUACAACAAGUCGAGCAGUUUCAUCAACACCAUGGUGACGGCCACGCUGAUGGAGCCGCAGGCAUUGGACUUGUCCACGCACUCCAGGAAUAAGUGUAAGGAUCUCAAACCGUCAUUAACCACAACCGCGGUCACAAACACCACCACCACUACACAAACGAGCCCGAAAAUACUGAGGCACAAUUCUUACAGAAACCUGUACAAGCCGUAUAAUAGCAGGUGCACCGACGACAUCGUACAUACUAGACAAGGCAUUAACCCCAGGAACCCAUUGUGGCCAUUGUAAACCAAAAAGAAAAAACCUAAAAAAUACUUGUCGCCCACAUAUUUUCCGAAGAACUACAGAAGAUCAAACAGCAAAAGGACGACAAGUCAACCUAUCCGUUUCCCUAGAAUCAAUCUCCUAAGUUUUUUUUUAAAAUGAUCAAACACUACAUUAUACUGCAAUUAUUCACUAAUUUCCGAACAAGUUCAUUCUCAUAUAUAUGUAUAUAUAUUUGAACGCAUAUAUAUAUUUUAUGUAUUAACGUCGUAAUGUUUAUGAAUGUGUAGAUUUUUUUUUUUUAAACAUUUAAGACAGUGUCAGUUUUGUGUUUAUACAUAUUUAUGUGUAUGUACCUAAUUGUAAGGAAUAAUUUUAAUAUUUAACCGUGUACGUCUAUAUUUGAUACGUUCGUAUUAUAAUAAUACAAUUAAGUAUUCAAGAGUAAAUCAUUUUUAACAUAUUCUAUAGACAUUCAAUACGAACCAUACAAAUAUAGACAUUUAUUUAUUAUUAUAAUAAUCUUUUUUUUUUUUAUCAAAUUCUUUCAAAGCUAUAGACUAUAUAAAUUAUUACCAUAUUGUUAUUGUUGUUGUUUGUAUUCCUUUUCGUUUUUAACUAAAAUUGCAGGUAUUGUGCAGUUUAUGAUUAUUACUGUAGACGCAUUGUCUUAACCGAACAACUCAUCAAUAUGAUUUAAUUUUCACUAUUUAUAAUAAUAAAAACGUAUUACAUAGUUAAAAUACGAAGUCUAUGUGUAUAGAUAUAUACUGCUUGAAUCCUAAGUUUAGCAUUAUUGCAAUAUGUAACUGUAUUUAUUAUAUUUGUUUGUAAGUACAGUGUGACUAGUUCGCGGGUAUGCCGACAUGGGAUCGAGAGCCACCCGUGUACGAAAGCUAAUGUGUUAUUAUUUUUUAAAUUUGAUAUUUAUGAGAGCGAAACUCGUUUGCGGGUCGCAGGGUAGACCACUGGCAAGACGUACAUUAUUGUUUUGAAUACUAUUUAUAGAGUGUGCACACCAUAAAGUGUAGUUUGUUUUUGUAUGACUAUUAAAGUCUUACAAUUUUUGAAAAUCUCUGUAUACUUUCCAUCAACCAAUGACGCGCGUUGACGUUUUUCAGCUAAUGUAUUUUUCGCCACAAUGUUUUCAAUCUUCAACGUUUAACCAAAAAGUUUCCAUUACAUCUCACGAUCUCUUGAAAUGUUUAUAUUAUUAUACAUAAUUUUCCCGGUUCACAAAAUUAUUUGAUAUAUUAUUUAUGCAAUUUGUUUGUAUACAGACGGAUUUUCAGUAAAACUUUCUUAUACCUGUCGGAAUACUGUACAAUCAGCGAAAAGAAAACUUGUCGGUGCAAAAGUAAUUCGUACUCGACAGUGGCGCCGGAUAUAGACAAAGGCAUGAAUGUACUUAAUCACUGCAAUAUCAAUUGCAUUUUUUUUUUCCUAAAACCAUCAAAAGUAUAUUCUGUAAGAAAUUCAAUAACGUUAUACCUACCCACCUAUCACGCUUUUAGCAGAUACACAAACGUGUUUCGGCGCCGCUGCUGGUUCUCGCUCUUGGUCGGAAGUUAAGAUUUAGAUGUUAAGGAUUAUUUGAUCAGUCACAGUGAUGACAUGAACAUAUAUUAUAUUAUUAUAUUGUAUAUUAUGAUUUUUUUUUCUGCUGAAAACCCGCAAUAGUAUAUUCUGUAGGAAUUUUAAUAACGUUACCUACUCACCUAUCACGCUUAAAGUACAUACAUAUGUUUCGGUGCCAACACUGGUUCUCGCUCUUGAUUGGAAGUCAAGAUUUAGAUAUUAAGGAUUAUUUGAUUAGUCACAGUUGUGACGUGAACAUAUUUUAUAUUAUGAUCCAUGAGUGAUUUGAUGGCGAAUGGGAUAUGAUUACCUACCUAACAAAUAUAAUAUGAUUUCAAAAGUCUGUAUAUACAUGUUACUAUUGUACACACUCUCACCGCAUGUACAUAGUAUGUAUGACACAUUGCGGUUGACUGAAAAUCGCUAAGAUCGUCAACAUUAAUUUUAUAUUGUCUUUGAUUUCUUAUUUUUUGAAUAGCCUCUGUUUAAUAAAAUAUUAUAGCCCGACAAUUAUAAGAAUUGUCCUUUUAUUUCUCAAUAUAUGUUUAUAGGUCUUUUAGCUAAACAAAAAUUACACAGGCGUACCAGUGUGACUAUAUUAUCAAUAUGUCUGUGUCUGAUUAGCUAAAUUAUCUACUUUUAAUAUAAUCUUAAGCAUUUGUAUUUUUAUUUAUAUUUACCUACUGUUAAAACCAUUAAGGCUAGUAUUACCAUAAUUCACUCAUGUUUAUGUACAAUAUACAUUAUUAUUU